GAAUGCGCACGUUCCUGAUGCGUGCCCGGAAAGUCAGGGAGAUAUCGGACACGUGAUGUCAGAUAUAGGCACGUUUAUCUUGCGUGUGUUGACUUUACAAAGGAUCAGGAAUCCACGAGCAUAAGCUCGCACAACGAGCUGCUUCACUGACCCAACCUUCGGCCUUAAGGACUCCUUCCCCUAGUCUUGGGCAGCAUUGGCGGGUUCUUGAGGAUGCCUCGAGCUAAGUGGGUACGACCUGGAAAACCGGAUCUCUGACCUGGGGAGGCUUACGGACUAAUCCUUGAUUAGUCCGAGGCCCGAUCUGCUAACCAGCCCGUGGGAAAACCAAGGCGUACAAACUCAUAUUUUAACAGGGCAAGACAAUUUUCAGCCAUGGAAGAGGGCUGCUUCCAUCUCCAUUGCUGCUAAAAAUAAAACCUAGUUUAUAAACGGGUCCCUGCCUCAACCCCUACCCAUGAUCCUUUUUUUCAUGCUUGGGUUAAGUGUAAUAAUAUGGUUAUGGCUUGGAUUUUACAAUCCGUUUCUCGUGAAAUUGCAGCUAGCAUUAUGUUUCAAGAUUCAGCCACCGCUAUGUGGAAGGACCUCCAUGAGCGAUUUAAUCAAGGCAAUGGUCCUCGGAUAUUCCAGCUUCACACUUCAGUCCACACCAUCAAACAAGGUGACUCGGAUGUCAAUUCCUACUUUACUCGUCUCAAAGCUAUUUGGGAUGAACUUAAGGAGUUUCAGCCAAUUAUCCCUUGUUCUUGUGGCUGUAAAUGUGGUGUUGUUGAAAGAUUGCUUGGAUAUUAUCACAGGGAUCAAAUUAUACAAUUUCUGGCGGGUCUCAAUGACUCUUUUUCUUCUGUGAGAGCCCAAAUUCUGCUCUAUGAUCCUCUUCCUCUGCUGUCCAAAGUUUUCUCCAUGAUCUCUCAAGAAAAAAGACAAAGAAGUCUAGGCCACACCAUGCCUUUCAUUGCUGCUACUGCGGGUUCACACACUUCUACCAAGCCUCCUUCAUCAAGAUCAAAGAAACCGAGACCCACUUGUUCUCAUUGUCUCAAGCCGGGUCACUUAGUGGAAAAAUGCUUUUUUCUUCAUGGGUUUCCUCCUGGGUACGGUGACAAGCGUCGUCAAGAUGAAGCUAUCAAACCUUCUGUUCAUCAAGCUUCCGCUUCUGGGUCGAUUUUAGGCAAACCACCUGUGCUGUCCCAAACCGAGCUCAAUCAGCAGCUUAUCUCCCUUCUAAGUCAGAAUCUUCAGCACACCGUGGCUGCCACAGACACCAAUAUGCCGAUUGUCUCACAAGUAUCUGGCACCCUCUCGGACUUCCAAGAUUGGGAUUGCUAAGAAAAUAGGCCGGCUGUUUUACUUUGAACAAGACCGUCAAUUCUUACAUGUUGUACAUUCUGAC